AGAAAAUCCCGCGCGGAUUCCAAAUUCCCACUCUUAACUAAAUUUAAAUCCGAAUAUUCAAAUCCGGAAAAACUAAUAUACGCUCACUCCGCCCCCCAUUUCUUCACCAAAAAAAAAACCCUAGUUCUACUGUUUGGGUUACCGGUUUUGGCCCGGCGAUUUUGCUUCUAGUUCUUGAUUUUUUGUUGUUUAAAGUAAAUUUUUGUUAGUGAUUUUGGUGUAGUUGAUCUGUGAGGUAAAUUUGAAGCUAUGGAUUUCAGAAAAAGGACUAGAAAUGAUGUUGGUGCUAAUGUUAAUGGCGGUGUGAAGAAAUAUAAGCCAGAAAUGGACUCAAUAUCAGGUGGUGUAGGCAGCAAAUCAAAGCCAUGCACGAAGUUCUUCAGCACCGCUGGAUGCCCCUUUGGUGAGAGCUGCCAUUUCCUUCAUUACGUCCCUGGUGGCUAUAGUGCAGUGACCCAGAUGAUGAAAUUGACACCAGCUCCAUCUUUGAGAAAUGCUGCAGCUCCCCCUAAUUCCAAUGGAAAUGCUCCUUCUAUGAAAACCAAACUUUGCAACAAAUUCAACACGGUGGAGGGAUGCAAGUUUGGAGACAAAUGCAAUUAUGCUCAUGGGGAGUGGGAAAUUGGAAAGCAUACCAUUCCUUCACAAGAGGAUCCACGUGCCAUGGGGUUUGGAUCUAUGCCAGGUCGUUUUGGUGGUGGGCGGGGGGAACCUGCUAUCUCAGGACCUGCUGCUAGCUUUGGUACAUCAGCCACUGCAAAGAUCAGUGUGGAUGCUUCCCUGGCUGGAGCCAUCAUUGGGAAGGGUGGAGUGAAUUCUAAACAGAUUUGUAGGCAGACAGGAGCCAAGCUGGCAAUCCGUGAUCAUGAAGCAGAUGCAAAUCUCCGAAACAUAGAGUUAGAGGGCACGUUUGAACAAAUUUCCCAGGCCAGUGCCAUGGUAAGGGAGUUGAUCAACAGCCUUGGUCCUGUAGGUGGCCCUGGAAGAACACAUGGAAAUUCUGGUGGCCCGGCUCCUCCAAUGAACAACCUCAAGACAAAGUUGUGUGAGAAUUUUGCUAAAGGGUCUUGCACAUUUGGAGACAGGUGCCACUUUGCUCAUGGUGCUGCUGAAUUGCGGAAAACAGGAGAGUGACUGUAAUAGUUCACUUCACUUUUUGUAGUACCUAGCUCUUUAGAACGCCCAGUUGUGUGUCACAUUGUAUGAUUCUUCUUAAUUUUGGGCUCAGGUUAUGAAAUGCAACUUCGUUUGAGGAAUUGAGCUUUAUUUUAGUAUUCAGGCAGGGUUUUUGACAUUUUAUAAAAUCAGAAAUUGUAGUUGCAGUAAUGAAUGUUUGUGUUAGAAGUUUAUUUUCUCUGAUUUCCUUUGA